AUGAGCGCGAUCAGCACCGACACGGCGAUGAUCACCGAGAAGGCGCCAAUGGCCGUGUUGGCGACGAUUCUCAGCGCCUUGGCGGAUCGGCGCCCGGGAGGUAGGGCUGCGCCGGAGGUUUUGAUCUUGAGGAACAUCGACGAGGCAUAUCCAGGGUGCAGGGGCGUCACCGCGACGGUGUAGAGCGUAGUGACGUGGUAGCAGGCGCUGUCAUGGAUCCCAACCUGGAAGAACGCCGCAAUGCAGCUACAAUUCAAGAGGCAGGAUUCCUUGCAAGCAUUGGGAGAGAGCUGUGGAAUCCCUUGCAUGAAUUCCAGCGGCUUAUAAUCGUAGCCGGGGGCUUCGACGAGCUCGUGGCUGCCGCUGCUGUUGCAUCGAUCAUCCGUCAACGACAUUUCCCCCGGGAGAGAGCAUCCUCUCAGCGGAUUCGUCCGAUCGAUUGGCUCCAGCUGGAGCGAUGGAUCGAAGUCGAGGCAAGCACAGCUGUUCCAGAAUCGCACACUACCGUCAUAGUGGAGCUUGAGGAACUUCCCUGUCUCGAGGCAAAAUGGCGCGGUGAUUUUCUUGGUUGCUACCACGGACUCCGUCCUGUUAUAUGCUACAAGAUGGCAGCUCUCGAUCAUCAGGUACGCUAUGUCGUGGCUUCCCAGGUCCCAGACCGCGUAAGUUUGCUCUGUGCCAGGAGCUCGAGCGCGGCCAACGAGACCCCGAGGCUGGAGCUCGAGAAAAAAGCUCCCUUGGCUCCUGUUUGUGUGAGAGACACUGGAGACGAGCUUGCUUCCCGGCACGAACUUUUGUUUCGGAAGCAACAAGUCCGUGGGGUGGUCGAAGCUCUGCCAGAUGAUCUCGCCCCCGCUGCCGAGGAGGACGAGGUUUCCGGUGUGGAGGACCUCCAUAGCCACAACUCCUCGGCCCGAGGUGCCGGAGGACCACACCUGGAUGGGGCCUUGGCUCAGGACUAAGUUACCAUCUUCUCCAAACGCGAGAGUGGCGUUGGCGGAGAGUGGGAAGUCUCGGUUGGCCUGCCAGACGCUGACGAUGAUGUCCGACGAGAUUGUGCACUCUACAUCCGGGAUCAAGGGGAUGGAGAUGGACAAGUAAUAGAUUGGAGAGGUGGAGCAAGCUCGCGUGAAUCCCAGCGCGUGGAGCAGUACUUACAGCAGCAAAGACAGUGGCGCGAUCAAGGAGAACGAGGAAGAUCAUCAAAGGCAGCAGCACCAUAGCCAGAGCACGCGGGAUGGAAGGAAGUUUGGCGAGAACAAGGAUAAAGGCAUUGGGGAGUCUGAAAGACGAUCACAGGUGGGCUUUUUGUAUUUUUACUGAAGCUUCACGCGUUGAUUCGCCAGGACGAGAACACCAAAGAUUAAAUGCUGGACUGAUCAUUGAUAGGUGUAAUGAAACAAACUCCUCUAUCUCGGGGAUCACUAAA